AGUAGUUAGUGAUUAUUUAUCCGGUCAAGCCUGGGAAUGCCUCAGGAUCUCCUAAAUGUCCCAGGGGAGAGGCGUGUCUAGGAUGACUUGUUUCACCCAUUGCCAACACAACUCUUUGCCAGAUACACAAAAAAACUGGAUUUAGACUGCAAGGAAAAUCUCUUUAUGUAAUUGAAACUAAUAAAAAUUUAAUCAAAAGACAAAACUUCAAUUAAAAUAGCUGCCACAAUUUACACUAGCCACCUAAAAACUUUAGUAAAACCAUAAAUGACCCAUCCUCGUGCCCAGUUUUAAUAUGGUGCAUUAAACAAAAUCAAACUGUACAUUUAAACUGACUCCAGGCUUUUCAUACCUCACAGCGUGAAGGAAAAUAUCACCUUGUGUGUCCAUACUUUAUAUCUGAAACUUUUUGACACUUUUACCCAUACACACAUUUUUAUUAGUAUUGUUACAUCACUGAGAUAAGCUAAUCUUAAAUAUUAAAUUAAUUAUUAAUUGUCCCACCAUUUAAUCUUCAACAACAGGAGUCAUAAAAGGGUCAGAUCAUGUGUAUGCAGCGUGUUUCUUCUGUACAAAAAGUUGUCUGCAGGUCUCUUGAGUCACAGCUGGACUCAGACUGGUUGCGUGUUUGCAGCUGGAGUCAUGGCACUCAGGUGGAUUGUUCUGUUAUUUGGCCUGGGGCUGGUAUGUACAGGUCUUUCUAUAUUUUGUGUAACAUUAAUAUCUGCUAACAGUGUAAAAAUGGGAGUUUUUAUGAAAUGUUUUCUGUGUGGAUUGACUGGUUUUCUGUCUUUAGGCAGCAGCUAAACUAUCAGGUGAUACAGAAAUUGAUGCUGAUGAAGGCCAAGACUGGGACAUCUUUAACAUCAAUGAAGCUGCUGGGCUGGAUCUGCUGGAGGGAGACAUCGAACAAGAUGAGACAGACAGCAAGAACUCCAUCCUGGGUGAUAAAUAUCGCUGGCCAACAACCAUUCCCUACUACCUGGAGGACAAUCUGGAAAUGAACGCAAAGGGAGUGAUCCUGAAGGCGUUUGAGCAGUACAGACUGAAGACCUGCAUUGACUUCACACCAUGGAAAGGAGAGGAAAACUACAUCUCUGUUUAUAAAGGGAACGGAUGCUCGUCCUCUGUAGGAAACCAGCACGUGGGUAAGCAGCGGCUGUCCAUUGGUAAUAACUGUGAUCGCCUGGGAACUGUUGAGCAUGAGUUCCUGCACGCAUUGGGCUUCUGGCACGAGCAGUCCAGAGCUGACCGAGAUGAUUACGUCGACAUUGUGUGGGAUCAAAUUGAAUCUGGUAAAGAACACAACUUUAAUAUACGGGAUGACACAGUGUCCAGUGCUCUUGGCGUUCCCUAUGAUUACGGCUCCGUGAUGCACUACAGCAAGACGUCCUUCAACGUCGGCUCUAAGCCCACCAUCGUCACCAAGAUCCCCAAGUUCAUGGAUGUGAUUGGUCAGAGGAUGGGCUUCAGUGCUAGUGACCUGACAAAGCUCAACCGUCUUUACAACUGUACCAAAUCUUCUACAUUUGUGGACAGCUGUGACUUUGAGGAGGACAACAUCUGUGGGAUGAUUCAGGGCCCCGGAAACAAACAGUGGGAACAGCGUAGCUCUGUGAGUGGAGGGCCUCAGAUGGACUUCUCCAACAUGGGACAAUGCAACGGAAAAGGCUUCUUCAUGCACUUUAGCACAGCCUCUGCUGAACCAGGGGACCGUGCAUUCCUGGAGAGUCGCUGGCUUUACCCCAAGCCUGGAGCUCAGUGUCUGCAGUUCUUCCUUUACAACAGUGGAGCAGCAGACGAUGUUCUCAAUAUCUGGGUGAGAGAGUAUAAUGAGGCCAACCCCAGCGGUAGGAUGAAGCUCUUCAAGAGUAUUUCAGGAGAUGUCAUGAGCUCCUGGGAGCUGCAUAACAUCAAUCUGAAUGUGAGCAGAAAGUCUCGAGUGGUGUUUGAGGGAGUUCGGGGUAACGGCCCAUCAAAAGGAGGUUUCUCUCUGGAUGACAUUAAUCUGUCGUCCACAAAAUGCCCUCAGCACCUCUGGCACAUCCGAAACAUCAACCAGCUGAUGGCCGACACACCGGUGGGAAGGAAACUGUACAGCCCUCGCUUCCUGUCACCAACGGGUUACUCUUUCCAGGUGGGUGUGUAUCUUAAUGGAAGAAGUGACCGUCCAGGCUAUAUGGCUACCUACUUCCACCUGACCUCUGGCCCCAAUGACCACAACCUCAAGUGGCCGUGUCCGUGGCGGAUGGCAACUAUGGCCCUGAUGGAUCAGCAGUCUGAUGUCAGACAGCAAAUGAACAUGCACCGCAUGGUUACCACCGACCCUGACAAGAUGUCCUCUGAUGGCUCUGAGCACUACUGGGACGAUCCCAGGAAGGUGGGCUCUAAAGUAACUGCAUCAGACGGCAGCUAUUACUACCGAGGCCCAGGCUACGGGACGAGCACCUACAUCACCCACAGCAGACUGAAGAGCAGAAACUACAUCAAAGGAGACGAUGCUUACUUCCUCUUCAGUCUGGAAGAUAUUUCUGAUCUGCUGGUGUCUCAGCCUCUUCCUGAUACUAGACUGAUGAAGACUGCAGACCAAGGUGCUCCUCAGGGAGCUGCUAAUAACCCCGUAGUGGUCACAGCCAUAGCAGGGACUGUGGGAGCAGCCAUGUUGGUUCUCACUGUGCUGAUCGUAGGAAAUGCCUGGAGGAUGAGGAGGAGGAGGCAGCAGGAGAGUGACAAAGCUGUGAUCAUAGAGGUAGUGCCAGGAUUCAUGGAGGAGCAGUGAAUGAUGAAAGUCUUUCAUCCUCCCUCAUCACAAGAAACCUGACCACAGGAAAAAAAAUCCAAACAGAGCUCAUUAUUGAAAACAGAAAUCUCUUCAAAUAUUCAGAUUUUCACCCAAAUGUGUGAGAAAUAAA